CCCAAAAUGGCCAGACGCACUAAGAAGGUUGGUAUCUCCGGCAAGUACGGCACCCGUUAUGGCGCUUCCUUGCGUAAGCUCGUGAAGAAGUUUGAGGCUCAGUCCAAGGCGAAGUACACCUGCCCCUUCUGCGGCAAGGACUCCGUCAAGCGUCAGGCUGGUGGCAUCUGGUCUUGUCGUUCUUGCAAGAAGACCAUGGCUGGCGGAUGCUGGCAGUUGACCACUGCUGCUGCGGCCACUGUUCGUGCCUCUAUGCAGCGUCUCCGCAAGCUCCAGGCCGCUGAGAUAUGAACAGCAGCUGAUGGUUUAUAGCGGAAGCGUCUCUGGUCGAAGUGUUGGCUUUCGGUUGC